UCCACGAAGCUUCAAUCCCAAUUUGAGAUCGGAAUCGGAUAGCGGUUAUCAGCUUCACGCCGGCGAUAGAUGGAGCUUCAUUCUUCGCCGGAGAAUAUCGGCGGCGAUAUCGACUGUAAAGUAUACGUAGCGGUCGGAAAAUCUACGGCGAAAGCAACUUCGAUUCUCGAUUGGACUUUCCGAAGUUUUCCAGGCGGAGAAAUUUGUAUUUUACAUGUUCAUCAACCGUCUCCUUUAAUCCCUACACUCCUAGGGAAGUUACCAGCAAGUCAAGCUAAUCAUGAAGUUGUAUCUGCAUAUAGGAUUGAGGAAAAGGAGAAAUCGAACAAAUUAUUGCUCAGUUAUUUAUCUCUCUGCCGUCGAUCUAAGGUUAAAGCAAGCAUUCUUCAAAUUGAAGCUGCUCAAGUUCAAAAUGGAAUCAUAGAUUUGGUGAAUAAGCAUGGUAUCAAGAAGCUUGUUAUGGGAGAUGUACCAGACAGUUGGAUGAAGGUGAAAAGAAACUCCAACAAGGCGAAUCAUGCUGCAAAACAUGCUCCUCGUUUCUGUCAGAUAUGGUUCAUCUACAAAGGGAAACAUGUCUGGACAAGGGAAUCAUCGUCUGAAGAAGAAGCUUUUAGUAGUACAAGUUGUUCAUUACAGGGUCAUCAGGAUCAAUCUGAAGUCUCGAAGAAGACCGAGGAAGAAAGCUUGUACAGUCAUCUAAUAGAAAUAAGGUUAGAAAUCGAGUCAUUAAGGAUGGAAGCAUCCCGAGAGAGGUCAAAGAGUAAACAUUUAGAAUCUGAAGCUGCUAAAUCCAUAAACAAGGUCAAAGAUUUGGAAUCUGCAUGUGAAUUUGAAAUUAAUCUCACAUUGGAAGCAGAGGAUGCAGUUAAGGAUUCAAUCCAGAAACAGGAGAAGCUAGUGGAAAAACGAGAAGAUAUAAUGAAGAAACUACAGAAGACAAUCCGGAAUGUAGCUGUUCUAGAUAGUCGUGUUCAGGAAGCAAACCGUCGGAGUGAAGAGGCUACAAGUGAAUUGAAAGUUCUGGAAACUUCUAUUGCAAGUUUGCAGCGCGAAAAACAUAGGAUUCAGCGACAAAGGGCGGAAGCGACUCGAUGGAUUGGUUUGUGGAAAAAUGGAGGACAUGACAAUGGAGGAGGAUCAAAUGGUUUGUUAGCUGAAUUUUCAGUUGCGGAUUUGCAAACUGCUACUUGCAACUUCUCAGAGAGCUUUAUAAUUGGAGAAGGUGGAAAUGGUUGUGUGUACAAAGGAGAAAUGUUAGAUCGAACUGUCGCGAUUAAGAUGUGGCAUCCUCGUAAUAUGCAAGGCCAGGAAGAGUUUCAGCAACAGGUUCAAAAUCUUGGAAAACUUCGACAUUCUAAUUUGGUAACUUUAGUCGGUAUAUGUCCUGAGGCUUGGUCCGUGGUGCACGAGUACUUGCCCAACGGAAACCUCCAGAACCUUCUGACUAGAAAGAACAACAAAACCAAAUCUUCCUUAACAUGGAAGGUAAGAGCUCGUCUCGUGGCCGAAAUUUCAAGCACACUCAUGUUCUUGCACUCGGAGAGUAUCAUCCAUGGUAAUUUAAAGCCCGAGAACAUUCUUUUGGACACCGAAUUCACUUGCAAGCUAUGUGAUUACGGGAUUUGUACUAUUAUGCGAGAAGAUAUCCUCAGAUGCCCGAGUUUUGGACGAUACAAUGAGCCAAAGGCGGGGGCUUUUUCCCAUACAGAUCCCGAAUUUCAACGAACAGGGGUACUGACGCCAAAAUCUGACGUGUAUUCUUUCGGGCUUAUUGUUCUUCAGCUCCUCACUGGGAGGAGUCCAAUUGGAUUGAUAAACGAGUUACGAAAGGCGGUUUCAACAAGGAAAUUAGCUUCUUUAUUGGACAUGUCUGCUGGGGAAUGGCCUACGUUUGUGUCGAGAAGAUUGGUUGAUUUGGGAUUACAGUUUUGCGAGUUGAACAGCAGGGAGAGACCAAUGAUUACGUUGGAUUUGGUUAAGGAAUUGCAGAACUUGCAUACUUUGGAAGAUCGAUCAGUUCCUUCUUUCUUCUUAUGUCCUAUUCAUAAGGAAAUAAUGUAUGAUCCUCAAGUGGCGGCGGAUGGUUUCACCUACGAAGGAGAAGAGAUACUAACGUGGUUGGAAAACGGGAAUGAAACUUCACCGAUGACGAAUUUGAAGUUGGAUCACUUGAUUGUGACUCCUAACCACUCGGUUCGACUUGCAAUUCAAUAUUGGCUAUGUAAACCUUGAAAUGAUAGAUGUUUUUGUUAUCAUGUGAAUAGUUAGUUGUAUACUAGUAUUGUAUAUUCAAAGGGAUACCUCUUAGGUCAUAUGAUUCAUUAGAAUGAAUUGAAAAAUGUAUGUUGAUUCACUAUUUUCUAUAGAAGCCUUCGAAAUGACUAUUUUAUUGUAUGAGUAUUAGAAUGAAUGACUUUUAUUUUAUC